GAACAGAUCGAGUUCAUCCAUUGGGACAGUACAAUCUCAGGACCUAGGCGCCAAUGUCACCAUUUCAGACAUGGUCGAAGACGCCUUAGAGCUCAUCAGCCAAGACGGAGACUACAUGGAGCGAAUGGGGAUGGACAUCAGAAUGCAGUGCGUUCUGUGCAACUGGGCUGGACCCAAAAUCAUACUCGAAUACCACAUUAGAAAGGAGCACUCCAACGACAUAGACAAGCAAGAGAAGCGCGAAUGGAACAUAAGCUACUCGCUAGGCAGCGUGCAUCAGCAGUUGUGGCAGUCUCGGGUUAUCGAGCACGAAUCCGCCCUUUACGUACUCAGCGUCAAGUGUCAACCACCAGGCUGUUUCAUGGCCACGCUAGCAACGCUCACAACAGACCCGGAGCUAACAACGGGCAGCAUAACCGUCUUCAACCGAGUCACCGGCGAGCCCCACACCUGGAUCGGAGAAAUACAAGAGCUACCCCCCAGCCUGCCCUACGACGCACAACCCGGCCUUCAACUCGACCUGGCAAGUUUAGACCUCCUACCUAACAGUGCCAACUUGAAGUUGAUGAAUGGAGAACUGGUGUUGCAAUCGCCGACAAAAGUGGUCUUUGGACAGCUAGAGUUGAACGAUAUACAUAUUAUAUUGUUUGUUAAGAUAUCUUAACAAAUCUUUGCACUUUCAGAGAUUAUUUUUCGAUCACCCUUGAGGCUUAGUUUUGUUUUUAUGUAACCAUUUUUUUUUGCAUUGUUUCUUUUUGUCAGCUUAACUGCUUACAACUGGACUUGGCAAGUUUAGACCUCAUACCUAACAGUGCCAACUUGAAGUUGAUGUUUGGAGAACUGGUAUUGCAAUCGCCGACAAAAGUGGUAUUUGGACAGCUACAGUUGAACGAUAUUCAUAUUAUAUUGUUUGUUAAGAUGUAUUAACAAAUUGUUACACUUUCAGAGAUUAUUUUUCGGUUAUCAACCUUGUAAAUUGUUGGUAUAAUUUUGUUGUUUUAACACUUGAAGCAAAAUGUGUCUUAAUUUGUUUAGCUUUUGUUCAAAAUUGUUCGUUUUGUUGGUCACCCAGACUAAUUUACAGCUAGAAUUGGCCAGUGUAUAACUGAUACCCAACAGUUGAAGUUAUAAAAUAAGAACAUAUACUAAGUUAAGUGGUUUUCUUAUACCUCCUUUUUCUAGCAUAAGUAAAAUGGUACACUAUUUUACAUACCUUUAUUUGUUAAAAAAAACUUAUCAUUUUUUAUACCAUUGUUUAGGAAAGUAAAAAAUAUUUAAAUGAUCAUAUUUGCUAAGUAUAUAAGUAUUACAUAUUUGCUUUGAUUUAUUUUCCAAAAACGAUUUUCUAAAUUAAGACACCUUUAGACUGUUUGCCAUUUUUCUAAUACUAAAAUACAAGGUAUGGAAUUCGUUAUUAUUUAGAGCAACGGAUAUGUAUAGAUGUAGUGCGAAAAGGGUUUCCUUCGGAAACGUUCGUAUUUGUCAUGCUAGUUCAGUCAAUGUCAGUACAUCUUGUACUGAGACUGACUGAAAUAGCAUGACACGUUCGUACGUUUCCGUAACUAUACGAAGGCAACUCACAACAUCUGUACCGCGGUAACGUUUAAUUUUAAAUCUUUUAGUCAUUUAUUCAAUACCUAUUAUAUUUUGAAGGAAAAGGAGGCUCCAGUUUUUAAAAGAUUUUCUUUUAUUUUCAUGGUGUUUGGUGAUAUAAUCGAAUAUUGAAUGUAACAUACAAGUCAUAGCUACGUUUAGAUAACAUUAUGAUGACGCUAUGAGUAUAUUGAUUGUGUUGUGUACAUACACUGGUUUUGAGAUUCUCUUUGAAAAUCGUAUUUUCUUAUAACUUCCGGUUCUAGUAUUUAAGUAAAUCAUGCCAUUUUUGUGAUACUAUAAUAUUAAGAUAGUUUUCCAUAAAACUUAAAGUUGAUUAUUAAGGUAAAGCAGAUUAUAAAUCGUGUUGAUUUUUAUAGGUCUAUAUUGUUUGAUUUGGAGAUUUUUUCAGUUACUUUUAUAAGCACUUUGUUGAUUAGUUUUAUAACUGUGUUUUUAUUUGAGUCUACCAUAGAAUGGUAACGAAUGUGUUCAUGAGGCCAAAACUUGGUUUUGAUUGCCAUGAAAAUCAGUAUUAGCAAGGUAUUAGAUUAGGUAAUAACAUACGCAUGAUAUCUACUAAUUAUAAAUCAGUAGGUACCAUACUUCCUUAAGUACCUACCUACACACUAAGUGCCAGUCUAAAUUAUUUAAAGAAAAAAUACCCAAGCUUAGGUAUUUACAUUAACAAGUCUGUUUUGACUGAAACACGUAUGGCAAUCACAUAAUAAGGAAAGCCGCUACGAAUAUACCCACAAUGCGUAGUAAUUUAAGUAUGAAUAUAUUUUGUAAAUUAUUUUGCCCUGUACAGUUGCAACUAUGACUAAGUUGUUAUUUGAAGAGCUUGACCACAAAUCAUUUUAUUUUCGCACGAUUCUUUUCAUAAUUGUACCAUACUGGCUGCCUUAUACCUGUUAUGAUGAUAACUGCAUAGUUGGGCAUAUACACGGGUCUUCCCUCCUAAAAAUGGUUUCCAUAAAUAAAUUAGGAAAAUGUGAAGUCUAAUUUCAUCCCACGAGCCUACGCCUCUGGGCCCCUUAUCGUAGUCUGGACCUUUGUAAACAUGUUGAUUGUCCAAUGUUAAAAUCCAUGAUAGACUUACAUUAAGUGUUAAUUUUAGGUAGAUUUUACCUACCGACAUCUUGAUCAGUUUGUGAUCGGACUGUACUAAACAGUAUUUUAAAGUUAAGACAAUCUGCCAUAACUUAGCUGCGUUUUAUUGUAAUUUUCAUCUCAAAGAAAGUAGUUGUUUCUGAUCUCAAUUGUUAUUUUAAGAAAGGUUGAUUAAAGAAAUUUCUUUAAA